AUGUCGGCCCCUGGCUCUCUGUUCUGCUGCCGCUCUCUGCAUUCCUCUGGGGGGCACUGUGCUGCUCCUGGUUCAGAACACUGCCGCCCCCUGGUGGAUGUGGCGUCUUCCUGUAACCAUGCUGACUUCCACCUGCGGCACUUCCACCUGGACCUGCAGAUAAACUUUGCCCAGAAGCAAUUCUCUGGCUGGCUAGUGAUGGACCUGUCUGUGGUUAGCCCAGGUGCUCAGGUUCUGCUGCUGGACUCUCAUCCCUCACUCAUGGUGCGGAGCGUGGACUUCAAAGACUCCACACGACCUCACGACUCACCGCAGGAAGUGCCCUGGUCCUCAGACACCUUCACCGAGUUCGGAUCAACACUCCGAGUGGCCCUCCCCGAGCUCAAAGCUGCACGAGACUUUCAGAUCACCAUCCGCUACAGCACCACAGACGGACCAGCAGUGUGGUGGUUGGAUCCAGAGCUCACCUGUGGACAGACUCGCCCCCUGGUGUUCACUCAGGGUCACUGCGUCUGUAACCGCUCCUUCUUCCCCUGUUUCGACACUCCAGCCGUGAAGAGCCCCUACAGCGCGACUGUCAGGGUCCCAGAUGGUUUCACAGUCCUCAUGAGUGCCUCCAGGUCCAUGUUCUGUAGAGACCAGAGAGAGUUCCGGUUCUGGAUGGACGAGCCGGUACCAUCGUACCUGGUGGCUCUCGUGUGUGGGGACCUACAGCACCAUGACCUGGGACCAAGGAGCAGAGUGUGGGCAGAGCCAAGCCUGCUGUCAUGUGCAGUCCAGAAGAUAGGGGGCAGUGUGGAGCACUGGCUCAGUGUCGCAGAGGAACUGUUUGGAGCAUAUCUGUGGAGCAGAUGUGACCUGGUCUUCCUCCCCCCCUCCUUCCCCAUUGUUGCCAUGGAGAACCCAUGUCUGACCUUCAUCAUCUCGUCAGUCCUGGAGAGCUCUGAAGUCCUCCUCGUUGACCUGGUCCAUGAGAUCUCCCACGGCUGGUUCGGGAAUGCUGUCACCAACGCCUCCUGGGAGGACAUGUGGCUCAGUGAGGGACUGGCCACCUACGCUCAGAGGAGAAUCACCAAGGAGGUGUAUGGUGAUGCCUUCACGUGUUUGGAGACUGUGGUUCGUUUGGAUGCUCUGCACCGACAGCUGAGACUCGUGGGAGACACCAGCUCUGUGAGCAGACUGCAGGCUCCUCUGGAGAGAGGAGUGAACCCCAGUUCCCUCAUGAACCUCUUCACGUAUGAGAAAGGAUUCUGCUUCGUGUCGUAUCUGUGUGAGGUCUGCGGAUCUCAGAGCGAGUUUGACCUGUUCCUCAAGGAUUAUAUCGCUCAGUUUCAGUUCCAGAGUGUUGUGGCUCAGGACCUGAUCCUCUGUUUCCUGCAGCACUUUCCACAUCUGCACAGCACCACCUACAGGACAGACCUGCAGUUGGACCAGUGGCUCUCUGCCUGUGGACCUCCGCUGUAUGAGCCUGACCUGUCUGCAGGGGGCACUCUCACGCAGCCUGUGUUUGACCUGCUGUCUCUGUGGAGCCAACACAUGACCUCUGACCUCUGCAACUUAAGCCCCCCCUCCCCCCACUUUACCUCUGACCUCUGCAGCUGGAGCACCUUUCAGAUUGUCCUGUUCCUCGACCGCCUACUGGACCAAGCGCCCCUCCCCCAAGAACUGAUGUCCCACCUCUCAGCCUGUUACUCCGCCCACUUCUGGAAGCUUAAUGCAGAGGUUCAGAUCCGCUGGCUGCAGCUGUGUGUGCGCUGUGGCUUCUGCAGCGAGAUGUUCAGGGUCAGAGACUUCCUCCAUAAGCACACUUCCCGUAUGUACACGCUGCCGCUCUAUGAGGAGUUGGCGUCCGGAUCCUUGAGGAGUCGCGGCCUGGAAAUCUUCAACCAAUCACAGAGAAGUCUACAUCCAAGUCUGAGGCGGAGUCUGCAGGCCCUGUUGACCAAUCAGAGCACAUCAGAGGGGAACAAUCACAGCACGGUUAAGACACUACAUAAAGGACCUCCAGCCAAUCACAAUGAAGGACUUCCAGCCAAUCACAAUGAAGGACUUCCAGCCAAUCACGAUGAAGGACCUCCAGCCAAUCACGAUGAAGGACUGCCGGCCAAUCACGAUGGAGGACAACAGGCCAAUCACGAUGGAGGACAACAGGCCAAUCACGAUGGAGGACAACAGGCCAAUCACGAUGGAGGACAACAGGCCAAUCACGAUGGAGGACAACAGGCCAAUCACGAUGGAGGACAACAGGCCAAUCACGAUGGAGGACAACAGGCCAAUCACGAUGGAGGACAACAGGCCAAUCACGAUGGAGGACAACAGGCCAAUCACGAUGGAGGACAACAGGCCAAUCACGAUGGAGGACAACAGGCCAAUCACGAUGGAGGACAACAGGCCAAUCACGAUGGAGGACAACAGGCCAAUCACGAUGGAGGACAAAAGGCCAAUCACAAUGGAGGACCGCUAGCCAAUCAAAAUGGCGGUCAAAGUUCAGAGAACAAGACUCAAAAUGGCAAACAGAUUAAACAAAAUGGUGGACAAAUGCAGAACCCAGGAGCAACCAAUCACAAAGCAGCGUGUUAUCAGCUAUCGCCACCCAGUCAGGCUUAA